CUCCUCCUCAUGUCAGCCAGCACAUGCAAGUGUUCCCGCACGCAGAUGGCUGAGCUGCUGAAUGGGUUCUUCAAGAUUAAGAAAAAUGAGCUGAGCUGAGAUGAAUCUCUCCUCAACCGUUUGGAGAUGUCUACUUCUUGCUUUUUCCAUGAAUUACUGCCCUCUUCUCCCUGCUGGCUGCCAUCGUCCGAUCACCAGUGGGUACCUGACAGUAGAGCCAGUGCCACCCAUCCUCAUGGGCUCAAAUUUGACAGUGUACUGCCGCAUCGCUAAAUGUCCACAGAGUUCCAGUUUCAAGAUAUUCCUGACUCUGAAUGGCAAGCGUGUGGAUAAACAGGAGAGAAUCAACUGCACUACAGCAAAAUUCCAUCUGCCCAGCUUAUGGAUCCCAGAGUCUGCAGUGGUCUGCCGGCUAAUGAGGGAUCAGAAGACAAGGCUUGUCAAUGGACUGGAUCUUAAAGCUGGCCUGCCUCCAGAUAAACCUGAUAAUAUAACAUGUGAAACAACAAGGAGCUCAGCCUUAAUAAACUGCUCGUGGACAAGGGGACAGCAAACGUACAUCCCUACCAUCUACAACAUUUCUGUAAACAGAGAAAAUGGGAGCCAGAUCCAUCUAUAUCAAAUCCAGGAUGCUGAUGAAAUCUCCGUACCACGAGGAAUGCUAGAUGAAAACACCAAAUACUUGAUAAUUAUCUCUGCUUGCAACCACUUUGGAGCCUCACAGUCUGAUCCAUUCAUCCUCUGCGUGAAGGAUAUAGUGAUGCCUGAGUCCCCUCAUAUUAUGCAGAUAGAGUUUCAGGGCAAUUCCAUAGCAGCCAUGUUGCAAUGGAAAACCAGUGAAGCCUUGGUGCAUCUCAGACCUCAUGUCAGGCUGCGCACAAAUAACACUUCUUGGGAAAUGAGAAAGGGUGUGGAACUCAGUGAGAGUCUGAUAAGAGUGGAUAAUCUGACACCUCUGACUGAGUACGAGUUCCAGAUGAAAAUCUGCAACACGGCAUCUGAGUCAACACCUACCGACACAAGUAGUCUCACGGCCAGAAACACAUUGCUUUGCAGCAAGUGGAGCCCAUCUGUGAGGAACAAAAGCCCCGGAAAAGGGCCAGCUCAGCAGCUGAAUGUGUGGAGGAAGUUGGAGAGCCAGGGGGCAAACGGCCAGAUGAACCUGACCAUCUUGUGGAAGCCUCUACCAUCAGAGGAUUUCAGCGGCAAGGUGCAACAGUAUGAGAUCUUUCUGGGCAAUGGUCACAAACUUAAAACCUGUGCUGCUGAUUGCGACCAGUGUGCAGUUCAGGUACCAGCAGAGGUUCGCAGUCUGAGUGUCAGUGCUGUCACCUUAUAUGGGAAAUCGCCACCAGCUGAUGUGAUUCUUGGACCAUCAGGUGUCUCAGGAUCUCUUCUGGGAGACGCGAGCCCUGCAGCUGAUGGCAGUGCUGUGCUCAUCUCCUGGUCUUGGCCAACUAACAAAUGGCCAUCAGCACAGAAAGAAGAGCUGCGGAACUAUGUGAUAGAAUGGACAAGUGUGCCUACAGCAAGGCUGCAGUGGCAAAAGUUGUCCAAAGACCUAAAACAGACAUCAAUCGCAGGCUUGACUCCAGGUGUGAGGUAUAUUGUCUCUUUGUAUGCUGUGACCACCAGAGGUGUCAGCGCUCCAUCAUCCAGACUGCUCUACUCCAGAGAACAGGAGCCACUUUCUGGUCCCAGCUUGUCUGUGCUGGUCCACAAGGCCAGACGGAUAUUGAUCCAGUGGGAGGAGGUGCCUAUACACCAGCAGAGGGGCUUCAUCACAAAGUAUAACAUCUACUUCCAAACAUCAGAAUCCAAAAACAAAGAAUUAAAAGAGACAUUGUCUGCAUCUGGACCAAGGCAGAUGUGGCUGGAUUGUCCUGAAGGACCUCUGGUUCUGCAUAUGACUGCAUCCAACUCAGCAGGAGAAGGACCACAAGGGAACCAGAUCUACUCUCAGCCUGCAGCUCCUGCAGUUGGCCUGGUGGUUGUGUUUGCUUUCAUCAUUACCAUCUUCAUUGCCAUCAUAGCCAACCUGAUGUGCUGGCGCUGUGUGAGGGAAAGGAUCAAACAGAAAUGUAUAUCCUGGGGACCUGCCUGGCUUGUUGGAAACUUGCCGAAACCUGGACACAGUAAUGCCAUCAGACUAUUGGAGCACGACGGAUUCGAACCGUUAUUCUCGUACACCCACAGUGACCCUCCACUGUCGCCCAUCACUGUGAUCUCCCAAGAGGAGAGGGAUGAAGUCUACCCUACCAUCCAUGUCGAAGAGUCCCAGACUGGACAGAUCACAGUGGAAACAUCGUUUCUAACUUCAGAUACUGGGAAAAUGCUUGUUGAGAGCAGGCUGGAACAUGUUGGCUACAAACCCCAGAAUGAUAUGAUGGCUUCACAACAAGAGGAGGUGGCAGAGCCAGAGAAGAAGCAGAGGGACAGUCCAUCAAAUGGGGAGGAUGACAGAUGUUCAAGUGUAUUUGAAGGAUUACUGAGUCGCUUGUUGUUGAGUGUGGAUGUGAAUUUCUCUGAUUCAUCUCAGGAACUGACUCACAGCUUUGUGAAUGAUCAUCUGUGGCCUAAAACUGCUGAAACAAGCACCACGUCUAGAGACUUUCAGUUCUUACAAGAGAGUAGAGGGACCGCAGAUGCAGUGGAAACAGACUCUCUGUCUCUGGACCUGCAACAGGAUGAGAUCAUGACUCCUGACACAGCAGGCACCAGCUUGUCUCAGUGUACUGGUGAGAUGACCAGUACACUGACUGACGGGUACUUCCCUCAGGUUGCUGUUUUCAGCACAGAUAAACUGUAGCAUGGACGAUGGCGAUGACAAAGAAAACAAGGCAAAACUGCACUACUAAACCGGGUUUCAAGAAAGCAUUAUUAUCCCACCUUAUCACCUCAAAUGAUGAUUUCAUUAACUUUGUGGAGUCAGAAUAAAAAAGUGUUGUCCAAAAGUGUUGUCAAAAACAAAUUUAUACAAAUAAUUUAAAAGAAAAAAAACCUUAUAUC